AUGGCCUCUACAACUUUCAAGCUCCAGCGAGAGCAGCGGUCUCGGAGGCUCUACCAUCAGAAGGUGUUCUUAUUGAUCCUCAUCUUCUUAGCAGCUCUCCUUGGCUUCCCUCUAUUGCGACACAUACAGAAUGGUACUUGUUCGGCUUCUCCUUUUCUGCUUCGGGCGGGUCUGUGCAGCACGGCUUUUCCUGCUCUGUGGAAUAUAUUCCACCAUCUGGGUGGGAAUAGUCCGUGGAUUCGCAAAAUACACAGCGUAAACUAUUACGACUCACCAUUACCCAAGAAAUGCUCCAUUGAUCAAGUUCACAUGUUGUCACGGCAUGCUGAACGAUAUCCCACAGAGGCCGCUGGCUCUCGCCACAUUGAUAUCCUCAGCCGACUUCAGGAUCCGUCGGUAAACCUUACAGGAUCGCUAUCCUUUCUCAAAGAGUGGACCUAUUUUACAAAUCUCUCGAAUCCUGUAUUCGGCAAUAUAACUGCAACAGGACCAUAUGCCGGAACACGACAGGCCUCUAACACGGGCAGGAUCUUACGGCAACGGUACAAUCACCUUAUACCCGACGGCCGCAGGACAAACAUCUGGUCUUGCAGCUCUCCGCGGGAUGUUGAGACCGCAGAGCAUUUCGCUGCUGGAUUCUUCGGCCCAGACUGGAAGUCCGAUGGUUCCGCGGAGCUGGUGAUAAUCCCGGAGGAUGAAGCUCGAGGCGCGAACACGCUUACACCAGGAGACUCCUGUCUCAGCUACCGCGAGGACAAAAGGCACGGUCGCGGCCAUGGAUACAUGAAACUGGCCGAGUGGCAGAGCACAUUCUCCCGACCCAUCGCCGAGAGACUCGCCAACGAUGCAGAAGGAAUGGCAUUCAGCGCCCUCGACAUCUAUGGCAUGAUGGAAAUGUGCGGUUUCGAGAUCCUGGCGAGGGGAAAGAGCCUAUGGUGCGAUGUGUUCGAACAACAUGAGUGGCUCCAAUUCGAAUACGCACGAGACUUGUUACAUUACUAUCGUGCUGGCCCAGGCAACAAAUUUGGUGCAAUAAUGGGUUGGCUGUGGCUCAACGCGACUCAGCAACUCAUGUCCAAUCACUCGUCCAAAGACGUCUACUUCAGCUUCGUCCAUGACGGCGACAUUGUUCCUGCGUUGGCCGCGUUGGGCAUCUUUGAUGAAUCUUUGGACUUGGGUCAUCUACCUUCUGACAGGCUUGUGCCCGAGCGGAAGUGGAAGACCAGUGACGUGGUUCCAAUGGGGGGACGGUUGAUAUUCGAACGCAUAACCUGUGAGACAGAGGGAGGGAUGACCGCAACAGGGCGAGACCAUGCCGUACGGCUCUUCAUCAAUGACGGCCUGAUUGACUUGACCAGGUUGACCGACAUAGUCCCAUUCAGCCACGUAGAAGGCGCUGUCUCGUUGGAGAGCUUCCAAAACACUCUAUCCAGCAGAGGAGCACAGCUCGGCGAUUUCCGUCAAAUCUGCUCUUUACCAGAAGACGCACCAGACCGGAUCGAUUUCUUACAUCAAUAG